AGUGCGACAUUAGGUUGCUCCAUUCUUUGCCGUUAGGGUGGCGGCUCUUCUCAAAAAUAAAUAAAAAUGUGUUGAAUCCUUCGUUGGCAAAAAACCAGAAAAUCAUAAUCAGCGCAUUACAAGCCUUCGGCGUGCGCGGAGCGAUGGCGCACUUUCGCUCCUCCAGGUCAUCGUGCCGUCGCACAUGGCCCAAGAAAUCUUCUUUGUGUGGUGUUGCCGUGUUCUUAGUCGUGUGCUUGGUUUUGCUGUUCUACUUGAGCGUCUCCGGGAACGGCUGGAAUAUGCCGCUUCCGCCCGCCUUUCAGCUAGCUGGACGGGAGGUGUGGUACACGGCGCCGCCCGACCAAGCCGUGUCAGACGCCGCACUUAUCCAGUGCACGAAGCGGUGGCUACAGAGCGACGGUGUUCCAGCCAACACCAUCAUCCCUUUUGUGAUUAUCCCCCUUACACUCGAGUGGGAGGAAUUCCGGCGUUUUAUGUGCCGCGUGAACGCUCAUGCGCGGUACCUGUACAUUGUGCGGAACGGCAACGUCGAAGAGCUGGAGCUGGUGCUGCGCCAACUGCGCGAGGCAGUAUCCUCGGAGCGUUUAAUCAUCUCUCAUCGGCCUGAUAACAUUGGCUACGCGGCUGCUGUGAACGAAGGCUACCGCGUGGCGCUGGCGAAGCCGUACAGCGAGGUGCCCUUCAUUGGUGUCUUCAACUGUGAUGUAUACUUUGAAAAAAGCUUUUUUCGACGGUACGUGCCGGAUGUGUACAAGGCCUUAGCCCCCGACGCAGACCGCAUUUACGCGUUGGAGGAGGAGGUGCGAAAAGAGGAAAAUGCGGCGAGGACCGCUGGCGUCACGACGCUGCGUGCCGCGUCGGCUGACAUACCCGGGAUUUCUCUCUCCCUCAUGCUGCCGGACCGCGUGCGCUACGCGCCUCUUGAGGUGCAGCAGCGCGAGUUUAACCAGCACGUUGGCAUGUUCCACUUCCACUACCAAUGCAUGUGCGCCUUUUUCGUUUCGCGGCUUGCCCUGCUGGCCGGCGGCUUUCUGGACGAGAACUGCUACCCCGCCUACUUUGAAGACUACGACUGGAGGUUUCGCAUGACACGCCUGGGCUUUCGCACCUUUAUUGGGCCGUCGGAGCGCUACGGCGGCUUCUACCACGGCUUGGGUGGCAACAUCCGCGUGAUCAGGGAGGGGGCGGAAGGGCGCUCGCUGAGCUACGAUGUGGAAGCAAUGCGCGUGAGCCGCAUGCUGAUCGCGAAACCCGGCAUUGACUACGGCGAGACGAAAUGGGCGUGGCACCGCGAAGCGCUCAUCCCCAUGAGCCUGAGGUCGUUUCCCACGGUGGGCUUCGCGGUACCCCCUGAUGCGUGGGUCAUGGAUCAGCGGCGUCGCGAGCGAAUUGUAGGUAUUGGCAGGGGAUUAUACCCCGCCGUAGAGAUGCGGAAUGCGUACAACCUUACGCUGCUCGAGGCGUUGAGGCCGUUUGACCGCACUCGUUGA